AUGUCCGACGACGACGAAUCCAGCGCAAGCGGUGAAUACCACGCUGAAUACCACCCGCACCUGCGGGAGGCUGCAGCGUACACGGACGACGAAGUGACGCGGCGGGCGUUCGACGUGCGCCAAGUCCGCGGUGCGGACGCCGCCGGCCUCCGAUGUUGCCUGCCCGAAGCGCAGCGCAGCUACCGGACGCCCUCAGACCAAGAGCAGUGUCCGAUGUGCGAUGCGAGCUGCCACCCGAACUGCCUGGACAAGCUGCGCAACGAGGAGAUGCGCCGCGGCCGGCCGCUGGCGUACGGCUGCCCGCAGUGCGGCACCCUGUGGCGGACCGACGCCGAGACCGCCGCCGCCGCCGAACGGCAAAACCAAGCCAACGCGAACAGGACUCGGCCAACGGCCAAGCCGUAUCGCUGCCGGCGGGACCCCAUCAGCGGGCGGUUCGUCUGCACCUUCGCGCCGCCGUCCACGGGCCAACCGUGCGGGUGGACCCGCAAAACCAGGCACCAAAUCCGCGUUCAUCACAACCGGGCGCACGAGGACAACCCUGAUCCGUCCUGUGACUGCGCCGGCGUCUCGGUCUUCGACACCGAUGACGAGGACAACAUCAGCGCGGACCCGCCGCCCUGCCCCUGCCCCAUUUGCGCGGAGCAGUACUAUUGUCGCCAUGCCGCCGCCGCGCAUUGCCGGAAAGAGCAUCGGAUUAACUCCUGGCCUCCCAAGUGUCGAAUUUGCCACACAAUAUUUGACAAGUAUCUGGACCUCAUUGUGCAUCUUACCUAUGCGCACCAGAAUCCUAGACCUUCUCAGUAA